CGCACUCGCUCAGUCGCUCGUGCCGUCGGUGUUGUGUGCCCGUGUCUGUCCGUGCCUGCUGGCUCCGCUCUUGGCCGUGUAGUGGUGGUGUACGAAUUGUUUUGCUGUAUAUUGUUUUCUUUUACUUCAAUCUCGUGUCACUACUCUGUUGCACAGCAAAAAAAUAACAUCGCAUACAGAAGCUGUGCGUGAUUGUGUUGUGCUCCGCACCUUUGCUAUAGUGUGUGCACGCGUGUUUGUGUGUGAGUAAGUGUGUUGAAUGUUUUGAUUCGUGUUGUGUUGCAGCAGCAGCAGCAGUGGCCAAAACUUUGCACAACACUGCACAACAAUCACUACCGAAAACUACCCCUAUAACGACGACGGGGGGUUGACAGCAAGUUGUUGGGCAGUGCGGGUAAUCGGUCCGAUCCGAAAGUGAAAAGAAGCAGACGGCAAGCAGCUCAAUGCGAUCGUGCGUGCGUGCGUGCGUGCGUGAAGUAUGUGAAGAGUGUGUGCAGAUAGCUAAGAAUACGCUCAGCAAAAAUUCCAUUCCAACUCAAUCAAGCAACAAAAACAAAUCAGCUCGCCCUCUCGCUCUCUCUCUCGCAACGCGCCGUACAGCAAAGUAGGCUACGGGAAGUGGAUUCGUUCGUUCGUGCGUGCGUGCGUGCCUGCGUGUUAAAGUCGUGUCGAUCGUGUUCGCCUACUGUAGGGGAAAGAAUUCACUCCCCCUUACCCACCCCACACGCUAAUCGUUCUGUGGUGAUCAUCCUCCACACGGUCCCCCUCACUCCCUAUUCAGCGAAAGUGCACUGAACAUAAGAAUAACAACCCUUCUGCGAUUCUCCCCCAAGUCGGAACGAGCACCCCCUGCUAGCAACUGUAAUAUGGUGUGUGUACCCCGGUUGUUCGUUCGCUGGGAUUCGUCGUCACAGUGCACAUUGAAGCAAGAAAGUGAAAAUACGAACGAUUAGCAGCAGCAGCAGCAGCAGAAGCACAGCUCAAGAAGAACGACGCAAAGCAGUCUUUCUCAAGACAGCUUUACGGUGGAAACUAUCACUUUUCCCCGUAACAAAAUACACCCUCCGCCGGUGCUGUCUGGGCAAGCAUCCACAACCGAACAGUGACGCAAACCCAGCGUGUGUGUGUGUGUGUGUUUGUGUGUGACGUUAAUCGGGGUGCGUCUGUGUAUCUUUUUAAUCUUACCCACUGUCGCAUAUUGUUUGCCUACAUUUUGACAUCAUCUCCUCGUGGUGUGGUGCCUUUUCGGCCGUCUCCCUCGUUGGCCUUCCGGUUAUCUAAUUUCUUCCGAAAAGAAAAACAAAACAGAAACCCAACGGACACAGGCGCGCGUAUGACAUCUGUCUGCAUGUUGCAAAUCUUCAUCGUCGCAGCUUGGCUUGCUCUUUACUGCUUAUGUAAUUUACCCGAACCUGUGUCGCAACAUCACUGCUCUCCACCAGGCGCCCAAACGGAGAUGGAAUCUUCCGAAAGAUAGUCACACUGGCCACCCCGGGUGAUACGGUACCGCCCGUUCUGUGGCGUUCCAGACGAAAAGCCGGACUGCACUUGCGCAGCAUAGAGGAGCCCCAGAGCAGAAUGCCCACCGAGCAGGGGGGCACAGUGGGGCUCGAUGCUACGUUGGGCUCUCGUGCUGGUGUCCCCCUGCCGCUACAGCUACCACCACACAGCAACCUUCACCAUCACCACCCGCACCACAACCACCACAGCCACCAUCAUGCAAAUAGCAGCAGCAGCAGCGGCAGCAACAGCGGCAGUAGCGGUAGCCAUCAUCCUCCCCCCAACAGCCAUCACCAUCACCAUCAUCACCAUCAUCACCAGCAGCAGACAGGGGCGCUGGGUUGCGGCGGCUGCACGGGAGGUCCAACCCAAGGCGCUCAAGGAUCGGCAGGAGGCGCCAUUGGUGGCGGUGGCGGAUACGAUGCCGAGUUUGCCCGCAUGGAGUCGUGGCUGGACGAGAACCCGGAGUUCAUGCAGGAUUACUUCAUCCGCAAGGCGACGCGCAACAUGGUGGACGGGUGGCUCGUUUCGCACGCCACACCGGUGACCACGGCGGCCAACAGUGUGGACUCGCCGACGCACGGCACCAAUCAGCCGAGCUCGUCACGCGGCGGUUCCGGCGCGACAACACCCGUCAGGAAAAUAUCUGCCCACGAGUUCGAACGAGGCGGCCUGUUGAAACCGAUCGUGAACACCAUUGACGGCACACCGACCUUCCUGAGCAUCAGCCCACAGAACGAGUCGUCCGCGUCCGGCAGCACCCAGUGCUGCCCGAACGGUGUCACGUACUGUGGGGCCAACCUGCGACCGCUCCGCCUGUCCCGCAACGAGCUGAAGCAGCUCGACGAGCGGGAGCUUAUAUUCGAGCUGGUGAAAGAUAUAUGCAACGAUCUCGACGUGCGCUCGCUCUGUCACAAAAUUCUGCAAAAUGUGUCAAUUCUGCUGAAUGCCGAUCGUGGCUCACUGUUCCUGGUGCAGGGCAAGAGUACCUGCGGUGGCGACAAUACCAAAAAAUGCUUAGUGUCGAAGCUGUUCGACGUGUGCUCCAACAGUACGCUGGAGGAGAUGGAGCAGCAGGACGAGGUAAAGGUGGCCUGGGGUACCGGGAUCGCUGGACACGUUGCCGAAAGUGGUGAACCUGUAAAUAUACCGGAUGCUUACCAGGAUGAACGUUUCAACCGGGAAAUCGAUGUACAAACUGGCUACCGUACAAAGGCGCUACUCUGCAUGCCAAUCAAGGAUGCGUCCGGGGAUGUGGUUGGGGUCGCGCAAGUGAUAAACAAACAGGGUGAUCAGUGCUUUAGCACCGCGGACGAGAAGAUUUUCUCCUCCUACCUGCAGUUCUGUGGCAUCGGGCUGCGGAAUGCGCAACUGUACGAAAAGUCACAGCUAGAGGUGAAACGCAACCAGGUGCUGCUCGAUCUCGCCAGGAUGAUCUUCGAGGAGCAGAGCACGAUCGAGCACAUGGUGUUUCGCAUUCUGACCCACAUGCAGAGCUUAAUACAAUGCCAAAGAGUGCAGAUCCUGCUGGUGCACGAAGCGUCCAAGGGUAGCUUUUCGCGGGUGUUCGACUUCGAAGCCAACGAUCUCAGCGGCGAGGACGGCGAUGCUCGCACGAGCCCGUUCGAGUCCCGCUUUCCGAUCAACGUCGGAAUUACUGGCUACGUGGCAACAACUGGCGAGACUGUAAAUAUCUGCAACGCGUACGAGGACGACCGGUUCGAUCCGAGUGUCGACGAAGGGCUCAACUUCCGCCACAAAACCAUCCUCUGCAUGGCGAUCAAGAAUUCAUUAAGUCAAAUUAUAGGAGUAAUCCAGCUGAUCAACAAGUUCGAUGAUCUAACUUUUACCAAAAAUGAUGAAAACUUUGUUGAAGCGUUCGCCAUCUUUUGCGGCAUGGGCAUUCACAACACGCACAUGUACGAGAAGGCAAUCAUCGCGAUGGCAAAGCAGAGUGUCACGCUGGAGGUGCUGAGCUAUCACGCCUCCGCCACCAUCGACGAUGCGUACCGGUUACGGCAACUAAAAGUGCCAUCAUCCGCGUUCUUCAAACUGUACGACUUCAAGUUCGACGAUCUGACACUGGACGACGAUCACACGCUGAAGGCGUGCCUGCGCAUGUUUCUGGACCUGGAUCUGGUCGAGCGGUUUCACAUCGAGUACGAGGUCCUGUGCCGGUGGUUGCUGAGCGUGAAGAAAAACUAUCGCAACGUGACGUACCACAACUGGCGGCACGCGUUCAACGUGACGCAGAUGAUGUUUGCCAUCCUCACGUCGACCCAGUGGUGGAAGAUCUUUGGCGAGAUUGAGUGCCUUGCGCUGAUCAUAGCCUGCCUGUGCCACGAUCUGGAUCACCGUGGGACCAACAAUUCGUUCCAGAUUAAAGCCUCGUCACCGCUGGCUCAGCUCUACUCGACGUCCACGAUGGAGCACCAUCACUUCGACCAGUGUCUGAUGAUCAUUAACAGCCCCGGCAACCAGAUACUGUCCAACAUGUCCUCGGAGGACUACAGCCGUGUGAUACGCGUGCUGGAAGAUGCCAUCCUAUCCACCGAUCUGGCCGUUUAUUUCAGGAAACGUGGAGCCUUUUUGAAUUUAGUCGAACCGACCAGUGAAAUGAGUUCCUGGCAGGCGGAGGAGCCACGCUCGCUGCUGCGCGCGAUGAGCAUGACCGUCUGCGAUCUGUCCGCCAUCACCAAGCCGUGGGAAAUCGAGAAGCGCGUCGCCGAUCUGGUCAGCUCGGAGUUCUUCGAGCAGGGCGACAUGGAGCGGCAAGAGUUAAACAUCACACCGAUUGAUAUAAUGAAUCGAGAGAAGGAGGAUCAAUUGCCAAUGAUGCAGGUUGGCUUUAUUGAUUCGAUCUGUAUUCCUAUUUAUGAGGCUUUUGCAACCCUGUCCGACAAGCUGACGCCGCUGAUCGAUGGUGUGCUGGAGAACAAGCAGCACUGGAUCGAGCUGGCCCAAAGCGCGAAGGAGGCGUACGCAAACAACAAUAACACGAGCGAAAACAAUAAUAACAACAAGAGCCCCUGCACGGACCAUGCGGAGGACGACGACCACCAGAAGGAUGGGGUGGUGGAGUGCGUCGGCAGCCCGCUCGGAUCACCAGCAAGUAAUGGAACCACCCCGCGUAAGCUUUCCCUUGAACCUGAUUGUACUGAUAGUGGUCACCACCACAGUAUAGGUAGCCACGAGUCGGCCACCACUCACAGUUGUCGUAGCAUAAAGGAGAAGAUCGUCGGCCGGCUGGGGGCCGAUCUUGCAUCGUCGCCACCGUACGCGGACAAGCCCUCGUUCCUGGUGGUCGGCCAGAAGGGCAACGGAUGGGUGAACGGGGACAAGGUGCGGCUCAUACGGCUGUCAUCGUCGGAUGGUAAGACGAGCGAGCUGCUGCUGGACGAUCAGCUGCCGCGGCAUACGGGGACGGUGGACGACCAGGACGCGCUCGAUGCAGCGUUGGAGUGAAAGAUGAUGGUGGAUGAUGGGGACGCUGUAGUCGUCGACUCGCUCGCAAUGCGCUACCGCAAGACCAAACAGGCUACUGUAUGUGAUUCGCCCUUCCGGUGCAAACAGAAUGAACCCAGUUUUGUUUUUAAUGUUGAACCGCUGUACUCCUAUCCUCCCUGUCAUACCAUUCUACCCGCAACCUGCGGCUCUCAUUACUUUUAAAUCCCCGUUCUUUUUAUCUCCCCCACAAAAUGACUUCUGUAAAUGAAUGUUAGCGUUAUGUUUUACCGACCAGAACGUUCCGCACUGGGUCCCGCAAGGUGCGUAGACUUAUCUGUUCGUGUGCACCACGUACAAGCACGAUGUCACACGCCGCGGUAAUCGGUUCGAUCGUGUAUUUAUAUCCCCCGCGAGCGCACAAUUGAUUGUACUAAUUCGCAGUAUGCGGCAUUAUGUUGUAUUGUAAAUAUUGUUAGGUAAUUGUUUGUUAAUUGUUAUAUCUCGUACGAUCCACAAUGCGCGCAAAACAGAACCAAUCGCCUCAGAUCCUCCACAGCAAUCCCGUUUUCUCCCCGCCCCCCCCCCCCCCCCCCCCCCCCCAGUCAGCUGGAACAUUCAUGCAUCAUACUACCUACAGUGUAACGCACCACUAUUUGUAAUGUUUCGAUCAAUUGUUCUAGUAAGAGAAUCCACGCAGCAACAAUUGUUCGUAACCAAUGUAGAGAUCUAUUUUUAAAUAGUAGUAAAAUAUAAAAACAUUAAAAAUUCUAUGUAAAAGGAAUAAGAACAGGAAGUAAGAUAACAAACUAAAGGAAACAAACAAACAAACAAAAAAAAGAAGCAAACAAGGAACCAUAACUUCAGCACUAGUCAGCAGAAUAAUAAUUUUAGUGUUAACAUUGGAAAGCUCCGGGUGGUAAAGGGCGACGGUCCUUAUGCAAAGAGCUGUUGGUAAAGAAAAGGCACACACACACACGCACGUGGGUGUUACGGGCAAACGACCCAAAAGUCGUGACACGUUAAGCAGAAAACCAAUAGCAUUGCACCCGACGUUCGUUUGCUAGGGGAAUGGCCCCCGGUGUUAGGAGUAUUACUCGUUCUAUGGACCAUUAUUAAUUAUGUACUUGUAUAUGAGAACAAACAAUCCUUCGUUAUAGUUGUUCUGCUUAUUCGAACGGUGACCGGACGUUGAUACCCCUUUUGCACUUCCAUUUUGGAAGCGAUUGGAACUCUAACGAUUGGAAGAGGUAUUUUAGAACAAUCUUCUGACAAACAGGGGAAGUGGUUUUUUUAAAAUAACGAUUCACUUGCACGCUCAAUCAAUUCCCCAACCCUUUAUAUUGUUAGUGAAGGUAGUAAUUUAUUGCAACAACAAGAAAAAAAGUAAACAAAUCCAUUACAAUCCCACUGUCGUAGCCGCUGGCCACGGGAACGGAAGGGAGACUGGUGAAUCGUCCUUUAAACGUAAUGUUGGUCGUAUAACGUUUCUUCAAUGUGUCAUCAAUGAAUGUGUGUAUGUGUGUUUGUGUGUGUGUCGGUGGCCCUGUAUGAUUCGAUGUCUAGCGUGUUGUGUACGUAUGUGCAUGUAUGUCUGUUAGGUUUUUGGGGGUUGAUUUUUUGAGCAAACAAAUCAGAUUAAACAGCUGUUAUUUCGUUCUAUUGGAAAAUGUGUAUUACACUAGCAAGCGAUCGUGUCAAAAGAUGUAUUUCUUUCACUGCAAGGGAAGGUAACUAAUUCGUUACAAUUAGUAACGCACAUACGCACUGGCACACAUACUGCAGCAUUGAAUCAUGUCCGACAGUAGACAUCAAACCCAUUAUCCUAGCAGAAAUGGCUUAUAAUAAAGUGUACUAUUUUUCUGAAUAUGA